UUUUUCUAAAGAUGGAUACUUCUGACGAUUGUUCAACUAGUAAAUUAAUUUCAUCAAAUGACAACGAAAAUCUUCAAUUCUCUCUAAGUGCAAUUAUUCAAGCCCAUUCGGAUGAUGCUAAAUGUGUUAUUGAAACACCUACAGGAACAUUAAUUAGUGGAGGGAGAGAUGGUUUUAUGAAAAUUUGGACUAACGAAGGCAUAAAUUGGACAAAUACUUCAACUGUUCAACAAAAAGAUUGUCUGGCAAUAACUUCAAUUGCGUUAGGAUCUGCUCCAGAUGCUGGUUUUGAAAGUUUAAUUUUUCUUGGAAGGAAAAAUGGGUCAGUAGCUAUUUAUAAUGCUUCAAAUACAGAAGAGCCUGUUAAAGUUUUGCAAGGGCACAAAUCUAAUGUUUGUGCUCUUUAUUUUGACGAUAAAACUGGGUUUUUAAUGAGUGGAUCUUGGGACCACAAUGCUGUUGUUUGGCCGUUGGAACUUUUAUUGAAAGAAGGUCCCGAUAGGGUUCCAAUUGGAUUUUUGUCUGGACAUAAAUGCUCUGUUUGGGCUGUUGCAACUGUUCCUUCAAAAUUGCCAAAAUUUCUUACUGGUUCUGCUGAUAAGUCAAUUAAACUUUGGUCUAAGGAUUAUGAUGUUAUUGCUGAAUUUUUUGGUAAAUUAAAUUAUUAAAUAUGUAAUUUUGGUGUGGACCGGUGUCCAGGGUUUUUUCUAAAUAACUCAUUGUUUUCGGACUCCCUAGGUCUUACUGCGUCUGAUUUUCUUGGACCUGCCCUGUUAUAAUUUUGCCAUAUUUUUUUUACUACGUGCCAUCUGUAGAUUAGGAAAUUUGGAGUGUCC